AUGCCGUACGGACAACUUGAAGUUACUGUCGACAAAGUGAAUCCAUAUGUUACUCUAUCCUUGGACAAGGCGAAUGUAAAGAAAACACAUACCCUCCAGAAUUCUGGUUCGGAUGCUACUUGGGACAAACUUAUUCAUUUUGAUAUUGUUGAAGGGCGUUACGAACUUUACUUACAAGUCUUUAAUGAAAGGGAAGCAACGAUUCCUCUGGAAGCCGUUUUUCAAACAGGCUCUGCUGAUCAAUGGAUUCAUAUUGCAAGACCAAGCGGUAAAGGCGCUGGCGAAAUACGGUUAUUACUGAAAUUCAGUAAACAGGGUCCUACUUCUGGUCCUGCUGGUUCAACACCAUAUCCAUUGCCAGAACAUAACAAUAGUUAUUUUUCACGCCCACAAUUUGACUCAGAUUAUCCACGAACUCCAUCUUACAGGGAUGGCAAUGUUUAUAACAGCCUUAGCCCGGUUCUCGGCGCUACGCCGGCAGGAUAUGGUUCUGGUGAUCCUCCACAAAUUACGUUGCCUAAUGUACUACGCAAUACUAAUAUUCCUCCUCUUCAGCAUCCAAAAUUUGAUAUACCACCGACCGGUUACCCUCAAUAUCAUUCUGAAGAAAAUAAUUUGAAAUUUUGGUUUACUUAA